ACUCGCUCACUCGGGGUCGGGGCAUUGGACAGAAGAAGCAGGCCUCUUCUCUUCUGUGUUCCUGUGACCCGCCACCCGCUAACAGUUAACCCCCAAAUCCAGCCGUCGCGAGUAUCUCCCUCCACCUUUCCACCAUGGCGGCCGCGGCGGCGCGCUCCCUCGCGCUCUUCUCCUCCGCCGCCUCGCUCGGCCUCGGCCGCGCCUCGUCCCGCCUCGCGCUCUCUUCCUCCCCCUCCCACUCCGGGCUUCUCCCCAGGCCGGCGCUCGCCUUCCGCGGACGCGCCUCCUUCGCCGCCACGGCCGUCGUGAUGGGGAAGGCCGGCGCCGUCGACGCCGAGGCGGACGCGGACAUGGACGCCGUCCAGCGCCGGCUCAUGUUCGACGACGAGUGCAUAUUAGUCGAUGAACAGGACAAUGUCAUCGGCCAUGAAUCUAAGUAUAACUGUCAUCUCAUGGAAAAGAUAGAAUCAGGGCAUGCCCUUCACAGAGCAUUCAGUGUUUUUCUUUUCAACUCCAAAUAUGAGUUGUUACUUCAGCAACGGUCUACGACAAAAGUGACAUUUCCACUUGUCUGGACGAACACUUGCUGUAGCCACCCUUUACACCGUGAAUCUGAGCUCAUUGAGGAGAACUGCCAAGGGGUCAGAAAUGCAGCACAGAGGAAACUAUUUGAUGAACUGGGAAUACAGGCUGAAGAUUUACCAGUUGACCAAUUCAUUCCACUAGGGAAGAUACUUUACAAGGCCCCAUCUGAUGGAAAAUGGGGCGAACACGAGCUGGACUACCUCCUGUUCAUGGUUCGUGACGUGAAGCUCAACCCAAACCCUGAAGAAGUGUCGGACAUCAAGUACGUGAACCGCGAUGAGCUGAAGCAGCUGAUUAAGAAAGCAGAUGAUGGGGAAGGUGGCAUCAAGCUGUCCCCUUGGUUCAGGCUGGUGGUGGACAACUUCCUCAUGGGCUGGUGGGAUCAUGUUGAGCAAGGGACUCUGAAGGAGGCCGCCGACAUGAAAACCAUUCAUAAGUUGUAGAAUGUGUAGAGCGUCAAGUAAUGCUGCUGCUAUUUGAUAGAGAAAUAAGCACUGCUGCCGCGGCUGUUGGUGCGGGGUGUAUCUUUCAUUUCAUUUCUUCGUUCCUUUUUUUUUUUUUGCGGAUGUUCUUCUUUCCUUUUUGUUCAUGCACUCUUCUUUUCUUCUUGUUGAGAAAAUUGGGUGCAUAUUUUGUACUCCUUCAGUCCCAGAAUGAGUGACUCAACUUUAUAUUAAUUUUAUUACAAAAAACUUUCAGUAAA